AUGAGUGACACCAAUGGAAAAUUGCUUGAGAAGACUGAGGCCAAGGUUUCUUCGGAAGAAAAAGCUGGAUGGUCACAAUGGAAACAAUGGUUCGCUGCUAUUUCAGCGACGCUGUCAAUGGUCGCCGUCGGAACAGUCUACGGAUGGACAACGACAAUGUUACUGCGCCUGGAAAAGGGGGACAAUGUGCCAAUGACAAUAAACAGCACCGAGAGUUCAUGGAUAGUGUCAUUAACGGUAAUAGCGUCAAUGUGCGGUUCAUUUCUGGGUGCCCUGUUAGCCGAUUAUUUUGGCCGGAAAGUUUGUCUUCUCUGCUCAAGCAUGUUUUUCAUCGGAGGUUGGUUCGCCAUAAUAUUCGCCGUCAGUGCCAAUACACUCUACAUAGCGCGCAUUAUCCAGGGGAUAAGUGUGGGCAUGUCUUACACUGCGAAUCCCAUGUAUGUGUCGGAAGUCGCCGACACCAACAUACGCGGUGCUCUGGGAACGUUGAUAGCCGUUAAUGUCUUCACCGGGUCACUGCUGACAUGCUGCAUCGGACCCUACGUGUCAUACACCACAUUGGGGAUAGUUCUGCUCUCCAUACCGAUAAUAUUUGUUUUAACUUUCAUUUGGUUCCCCGAGAGCCCCUAUUUCUUGGCAAUGAAAAACCGAAACAAAGCUGCAACUCAAGCAAUUGCUUUUUUUAAGAACGUCGAUUUUGAGACAGCUCAAAGGGAGCUGCAAAUAAUUAUUAACAAUAUUAAUGAAGAAAAAUCCCAGUCGGAAAAUUGGAAGGUAAAGGUGAGACACUUGUUGUCUUCAAAUAAUCGCAAGGCUUUUUUUAUGGUCCUGAUGUUGAUAGUUGUCCAACAAUUGAGUGGAAAUUUCACGACCAUGCAAUUCUUGACACAAUUGUUUGACGAAGCCAAAGUCGGAAUCGACGUCAAUAUUGCGACCAUUAUUGUCUUCGCAGUUGGUCUCGUUUCUGGAACACUUGCUACCAUGAGCGUGGAACGAGCUGGAAGAAGAAAAUUAUUAAUGUGGUCGAGUUUUUCCUGCGCUGCUACCCUAACAAUCCUCGCAACUUAUUUGUAUCUCAAGCAUUUAAAUUACCCUGUUGAAUUUAUGAAAGUUUUGCCGUUAAUUGUAAUUGUUUUGUUCCAAAUCGUCUACCAAUUAGGCCUUGGUACCUUGCCGAACGCCCUUAUCGGUGAAGUCUUCCCCACUAAUGCCAAAGGAGUCGCUGCUGCGGGUAUCACCAUCUCAGACGGGAUUUUGGGAUUCUUAGUAUCGACUUUCUACAACCAAAUAAAAGAAAAAUGGGGCAAUCAUACUCUGUAUUUUUCUUUCGCCACUUCUUGUUACCUGGGAUUUAUUUUUGUUUUAUUUUGUAUACCCGAAACUAAAAAUAAAUCCUUCUUGGAGAUACAGCAAGAAUUAUCGAGACAAGGAUUUAGAUAUAACAACAGUUUUAAAGAAUAA